GAUUUCUCUGAUAUUCUUAAUGGGUGAAAAGGCAGCAGCACAAGCAGCAUCAGAGGAAAGAAGUGAACAUUACAAGCCCCCAGGGCCACUGGCGGUAGCACCAUCCCUCGUGCGAUGUUAUACAACAGAAGUUGGAAUUACGGUGAUUGUUUUCUUUGGAACCCCGCAACGAAUGAGAGAAUUCAGUUACCUACGCUACUAGGGUUUUGUGAAGAUUAUUACAGAUUUACCGACUGUGUGUUGUCAUCACCUCCUCGUAGGGCUGAUAAUGAUUCAAUGGUUUUAUUUUUUCUUGAUAACGGAUUCCAUGUAGAGCAUCGGUACACUUUUCUAUUUUGUCGCCCCGGAGAAACACAAUGGCGAAGCCAGAAUUUAUCUCCAAAUAUGCUAGACUUGAUAGCAAAGGGCACGCCUAGAUCUGUUCUUUGCUUCAAAGGUAAGUUAUAUUUGAUGUGUACGUAUGAUAAUCAAACAGAUGAGCAUCACCUAGAGAUCCAACACGAUACUGAUUUGACCAUAUCUAUUGAGUCAUUCCACGUAAAGGAGGAGGUGCCGUUUCCAUUGAUAGUUAAAGCAUAUCCCGAGUCGCAUUAUGUGGAAUCUCAUGAUGAACUUUUCAGGGUUGACUUCAUCCUCAAUAGACAUACUGAUGGAGUGAUGUCGAUAGAAGUGGUGAGGUUGAAUUUCUCGUUAAUGGAAUGGGAGAAGGUGAACAGUUUUGGAGAUCAUGUUCUAUUUAUCGGCAGUACUCACACCACAGGUUGUUGUUCAGCAGCUGAGUGGGGCUUCAAAAGGGGUUGUUUGUAUUACUUGAUGUGGACUGAUCUAAGUCUGAUCCACAAAUUCGAAAUUGAAAGUAGUGGUGAUACUAUUUGCACUUCGCAGUCGGGAGAAUUUUACUACACAGACUGGGUUACAAUGCCUGGUAAUCUGCAUGGAAGAGUGGCAUAUAUAUUAGGCGGCAAAGAUGAACUCAAAAUUGAAAAAACUACUAGUAUGGUUGUUAAUGAUGAGAAUCAAGGUGGAAAUUGCAACUCUGGAGAGGUCGAAGGUUUAAGCCAUUGGAAUGAUCUCAACGAAGACAUUGUGGGGUUGAUAGCAGAUCUUCUUCACGGAUCAGACUAUAAGCAUUUCCGUUCAGUGUGUAAACUGAACAGAGAUAUCAUACCAAAAGUGCAAAAGACAUCAUAUUUAUCCCCAUGGCUGGUGUUCUCGAGAGACCAAACUGACACUAUCUUCAAUGUCGUAAACCCGAUGUAUAAUGAUGAAACCUACUCCAUCAACCUCUCGGAUCUACCAGACUAUACAAUCCGUUUUCAGAAGGAUGGUUGGCUACUAAUGACAAGAGAGCGCAACGUACUUUUCUAUAAUCCCCUAACACGACAGAAGGUGAAACUUCCUGACAUGGAUCGGGAUAACUAUUAUUCAGUCGUUUCUUUUUCUUCUUUGCCGUAUUCUUCGGAUUGCAUGGUUUUCGCUAUGGAUGGCCGGAGAGAUUGGAACUUCUACAUCGAUUUCAUUACAAGGGGAGAAGAACAUUGGAGUUCUCAUAUCUUUCGUGACCCUGGUAUUACUCCCCUAUCAUUUCUUGACACCGCAUUUUUUCGCGAUGGGGCAUUUUUUUGCGUCGAUAGUCAUCACGGAUAUGUGGGAGUCUUUUCUGCAAAGGAUAAAACUUGGAAUGUUCUACAAAGACCUCAUGGAACAUAUUUUGAUGGUGUAAGUCCAGGUUUCUUAGUAGAGUGUGGUGGAGAUAUUUUAAUGGUGAAAUUAGCAUAUCGCUCGCAGAUGAUUAUAAUUUUUAGAUUGAAUUUCUCUGAGAUGAAAUGGGAAAGAGUUGAGAGUAUGGGAGAGCAUGUGUUAUUCAUUAGCCACACCUCAUGCAUAUCGGCAGUUGCCCCGAAUAGCUACAUGAAAAAUAAAAUUUAUUUUCCUAGAUUAUAUAUCAACGCAGAGAAUGUAUUCUACUCAGUUGAAAUACGUCAUUAUCAUUCUCUCUGGGGCAAGCAUUCUGCAAAUGAUUUAUCUCAUACACAAGGAUGGUUUAAGAAUUGCACUUGGAUUGAACCUAAUAUGUUGAUGUCCACUACGGAGGAGCUCGACUGGCUCAAGACACCUUUCUAAAGUAAGUGAUAAUUUUUUCUCUUUAAUUUAACUAAAAUUUGAGUAUUUGUAUCUGAAUUUUGUUUUCAUAUGACUCUAAAGCUAAAUUUAUUGUUGUGGAUCAUUUUAUUUUA